AUGCCCAGUGCUCCAGCCAGAAAGGCCAGUAAGGACAUACCGGCCACUUCCAAACGACGUCCUAAGACCCGACGCCAGAAGCUCCGCCCAAGCUGCAGCAGGGAAUACCGGCCUCCGCCGUCAGUCAUUGAGUCAGCGCCCGCCGCCGACGUUCGAGGCACUGCCUUGUGGAAAUAUGUGGGUUUGCAGUUUCAGGGAUCAGUGACAUUCAGGGAUGUGGCCAUAGCCUUCGCUCAGCAGGAGUGGGAGAGUCUGGAUUCUACUCAGAGGGACUUGGACAGAGAUAUGAUGUUGGAGAACUAUAGGAACUUGGUCUCUCUGGCACAUCAUUCCUGUUCUAAACCACAUGUGAUUACCUUAUUGGAACAAUGGAAAGAGCCCUGGAUGAUAGUAAAGAAAGAUCAAGGGAGACAAUACACAGAAUUUCAGUUGAAGGAUGAGAUAAUCAGCUAUAAAGAAAUGCUCACCUAUGAAAAAUUUGCAUCUUUUGCUCUGCAUCAGAGAAAUCUUCAUAGAGAGAAACCAUUUGAAUGUCAGAAAUGUGGGAAGACUAUCUGUCAAGUCUCAAAGCAUGUUCAACAUGAAAGAAUAUGUUCUAGUGAAAAAACCUACCAAUGUAAAGAAUGUGGGGAGAACUUUAGUAAUGGACAUCAACUCACUGUACAUCAGAGGCUGCAUGUUGGUGAGAAAUCCUAUAAAUGUAAGGAAUGUGGGAAGGCUUUUAUUAAAGGCUCAGCCUUUGUUAAGCAUGGAAGAACUCAUACUGGUGAGAAACCAUAUGCAGGUGAGGAAUGUGGGAAGACCUUUAGCAGUAGCCAUCAAUUUACUGUACAUCAGAGUCUGCAUCCUGGUAAGAAACCAUAUGAAUGUGGGGAAUGUGGAAAAGCUUUUUAUAGUAGCUCAUACCUUGUUCAGCAUCAAUGAAUCCAUAAUGGUGAGAAGUCCUAUGAAUGUAAGGGAUGUGGGAAAGCUUUUAUAGUGUAUGGAAAGCUUAUUCGGCAUCAGAGUAUUCAUACUGGUGAAAAACCCUAUGAACGUAAAAAAUGUGGGAAGGCCUUUAGUACUAGCUCCCCCCUUGUUAAACAUCAAAGAAUUCAUACAGGUGAGAAACCCUAUGAGUGUAAGGAAUGUGGCAAGGCCUUUACAUAUGGACGACUUACUCAACAUCAGAGUAUUUAUACUGGUGAGAAACCCUUUGAAUGCAAGGAAUGUGUAAAGGCCUUUAGACUUACCCUUAGUUCAUUUCUUAAUGCACAUCAGAGAAUUUAUGCAGGGGUUAAGCCCUAUGGAUGCAAGAAAUGUGGGAAAGCCUUUAGUUGUGCCUCAUACCUUGUUCAACAUGAAAGGCUUCAUAUGGGUGAGAAACCCUAUGAGUGUAAGUGUAGCAAGGCCUUUAGUACUGGCUUAUACCUGGUUCAGCAUCAGAGAAUUCAUACUGGUGAGAAAUCCUAUGAAUGUCAGGUAUGUGGCAAGGCUUUUAUUAGUCGCCAUCAACUUACUGUGCAUCAGAGGGUUCAUACUGAUGAGAAACUCUAUGAAUGUAAGGAAUGUGGAAAAACUUUUAGUCGUGCCUCAUACCUUGUACAACAUGGGAAAAUCCAUACUGGUGAGAAACCCUGUAAGUGUAAGGAAUGUGGGAAGGCCUUUAGUUCUGGCUCUUACCUCAUUCAGCAUCAAAGAAUUCAUACUGGUGAGAAAUCCUAUGAAUGUAAGGAAUGUGGGAAAGCCUUUAUUGUGCAUGGACAACUUAUUGGGCAUCAGAGCGUUCAUACAGGUGAGAAACCCUUUGAAUGUAAGGAAUGUGGAAAGACCUUUAGAUAUAGUUCAGCCCUUAAAGCACAUCAGAGAAACCAUAUGGGUGUAAAGCCCUAAGAAUUUAAGGAAUUUAGGAAGUCCUUUUUGUAUGGCUUAAACAUUGUUCAGCAUCAGAGAAUUUGUGCUGGUGAGAAACUUUUGAAUAUAAAAUAG